CUGCAUCCCCUUAUUCAUUGUCAGCUUCCUGGAGCCAUUUUUUGAACAUCCAGAACGGAGCUUUCGACCUAAUUCAAUCCGUUGCAUCCUCACGUUUUCGAAACGUAUCAUUUAUACAAUUUGAACGAAUGGGCAUGUAAAAUAUUAGUCUGAUAAUCCCUGAUUAUUUUGGGUCGAGCCGAGGCGGACUUUGAGGAGAAAGUGCUCCAAAGUAGCGGAGGGACAAACGGACAUUUGACCCUGAAGAUGAGAAAGAGGGGAGUCCCGGAAAAAGUCCUUAUUUCAGGGGUCGGAGGCUCCUCCAUGGACAAAAAACAAACGGUUCUGACCCGGUACAGCAAUGCGACAUAUUAUCAGAUCUUAACACCUCCGCCCUGUCCGAACCAGACUAACAAUGUCGGUGUCGCAGACCCGACGGUGAGUCAGCUUUACACUACACCCAUAGGGGUGUCUACAAACGGGACAGGACCGCGACCAGCCAUCGGAAGACCCCCGGCGAAGCGUCGGUUGGAGCUGGAGGAGAGGGACCAGUACACCACUGAGCCAAUCGGUGAGCCCAGAGCUAAGAGAGCCACUACACACUCCCUCAGAAGAACCCAGACUCCUCCCUCCCCGUUAGAGAAGACCAGGUAUGACACAUCUCUAUGCCUCCUGACCCAGAAGUUUGUCCAGCUGCUGGCCCAGUCCAGUGACGGGGUGGUGGACCUGAACCGGGCCGCGGAGUCCCUCAAGGUGCAGAAGAGACGUCUCUAUGACAUCACCAACGUCCUGGAGGGGGUGCAUCUCAUCAAGAAGUCGUCCAAGAACAACAUCCAGUGGCUGGGCUGUAGCCUGUCCCCAGAAGGAGUGGCCAGUGUCCAGAACCCUGGCUCUGUGGGUAAAGAACUGCUGGACUUGACCCAGGAGGAGAAGAGACUGGAUGAACUCAUACACACCUGCACACUCAUCGUCCAACAGAUGACUGAAGACACACCCACAAGGAAGUUUGCGUACAUAUCGUAUGAUGAUGUGAAAAGGAUUCCUAGUCUGAAUGACCAGACGGUCAUCAUGGUCAAAGCCCCUGCUGAAACCAGACUGGAGGUGCCAGACCCUGCAGAGAGUCUCCAGGUCCACUUGAGCAGCACCCAGGGUCCAAUAGAAGUCUUCCUGUGCUCAGAUGAUCACGCCCCUUCCUCCCCGCUGAAAAACAACUCUACGCUGAACGGAAAUGGACAUCCACCCUCAUCUUCGUCAUAUGUCAACGGAAACUCCACAUCCUUCCUCAAGGUGUCACAAGAGGGUAAUAACUACACCGGUAACGGUUUCUCCAACGCCCUGUCCAGGCUCCCAGCAUGCUCAGCGGUGACUGUCACUCCUAUCUCCCCCCUGCCCUCCUCCCUCACCUCCCUCCUCCCCCUCCAGGACGUUGACCAGGAGCCCUUCAUCCCCCUCUCUCUCGUGGGGGAUGACUACCUGCUUAGCCUGGGCGAAGACGAAGGCAUCAGCGACCUGUUCUCCUACGAUCUGGACCGGCUUCCACUAGACAACCUGCUCUGUAAUUGAGUGAAAUGUAAUCUCGGCGGCCAUUUUGGGGAAUUUUAGUUUGGCCAUUUUGGAGCCAAAUUGUGGUUGUUUCCAGUUAUAAAGAACUGAUUUAGAGCCCAGCGGGCUCUAUGGAAUGCAGCACAGCAGCCAUUUUGGAGCAAGGCUUUGUUUUCUUGACCUUGUCGACUGGACUGCUCAUAGAGGACCUGCUGUGUAAUUGACCCCUGGCCAGCGACGAGAGAAGGGAAAUACCUGCUCUUGCUAUUGAGCUGAUCAAAGGAAGUACGUUUCAGUUCAGACUGUAGGGGUGAAUUCUGUGGCUUAAAGAAUGGACAAACCUCUUCUCAAAAGCCUGUCUUUCUGGUCUUGCGCUGACAGGCAAACCAACAUCCUAAACAGUCACCAUAGCAGACUGUUAUUCUAAUGAACUGUUCUCAUCUGAAAGCAGAAGAUUGUCCCUAACAAGAGACAUGGAUGUUAUCCCCUGGACAGAUUCUUACCCAUAUCUACCAUUGUGUGACUUAUCUGUGAACUUUAUUAGCUCACCAGAGUGGAGCGGACCUGCUAUCUACGUCCCAAGAUGGUGAUGUCUGCCUUGGCAUCAAAUGUUGUAUUUUUUUUUUGCGUGUGUACCCUGGUCUUUCACACGGAGCCCUCUGACACAAUACUGGAAGAGACUGACUGGUAUUGUUCAGAGAACCAGAGUAUGUACUGAACGGUGGGCUGAUCUCCUGAUGAAACGGUUUACUACACAAUUGGUGUAUGUUUUGUUUGUUGUUUUCGAGGAGGAAGUGAAUAUUGCUCCUGUUGCCGUGUGGGACAUCCACUACAUGUUCCUCUACUGCCGUCCAUUAACUGCUUCUAUAUCCAGGGAUGAGCAAUGUACACACACACACACACACACACACACACACACACACACACACACACACACACACACACACACACACACACACACACACCACCAUGCAAGAGUCACGUAGACGAGUCCCCAUUUUGUUUUUAGCCACUGCAGCCAUGCUUGCAGCCAUGUUACUUAUUGAAUAACUAACUUAUUAACCAACUCAAGUCAUUUCUCAGGGCUCCCAAAUUACUUCCUACUUGAAAUAAAAAAAAAAAAUUACUUAAUUAAAAUGUACAAAUGGAUUCUAAUGAAUUUUUUUUGGUGCCAGAUAUUUUAAUGACCCCAAUCAUUAAAUCAUUGAUGAUAAAUCAUCACCCAUUGAUUAAAAAUGUAUAUCCAUUUAAAAAAAAAAAAAAAAUUGACCCUUCGAUUGGUAUAGACAUGUGACCUUUAAACUAGCCAACCAUACUAUAUAUUCAGUUUUCCUUUACGGGCUGAACCUGGUUGGUUUUAGAGAAGUGCUUUACUAGAUGGUGUCCUGUGGUCUUUACUAGUGUAUGACAUUGCACCAGAGCUCUAUGGGUUGAUGACAGAACUUACCAUGAAGUCCCUUUUGAGUCAAUUGACUGCUAUGAGAGUAUGUUGGAGAACAGACAUGUCCUGAACUUAACGAUGUACUCUAUUCCCGUCUUACAGUAAUGUGUAUUUUUUAUUUUACAUGUUAAGUCAUUUCUAAGGUACUGUACUAGAAGGUAUUCUGGUGAUAGAUUGGCUUACCAGUCUGUUUCUACAUGGUUUGUAAUGACGAUGAGUUGACGUGACGACACAAACAGAUCUGGGACCAGGCUAGUCUGGCUAUUUCUCCCAGGCGUAUGUCCAUACCUGUAUAGCACAUGUUCAUAUGAAGUGGUCUCGGUUAGAAGUUGUCUUUUUGCACAGUUGUCCCGUAUGAGUUUCAUGUCUAUGUGCUUUUGAGUUGUGUACUGCCUGGUUUCCUAGCCUGCCUGCUUCCCGUGAGGCUAGCCUGGUUGCCGUUAGGCUAGCCUGGUUUCCUAGCCUGCCUGCUUGCCGUUAGGCUAGCCUGGUUGCCGUUAGGCUAGCCUGGUUGCCAGCUCUGUUUUGUGUUAUCACGUCAACUCCUUGUCCUAAUGAACAUAACGGCACAAACAUCUGGGAACAGGCUACAAUUAAAGUAGGAAAAGCAGCCAUUGAUUUCAUCCUCAAUACCGUACUGUAUUUCAGUGACUACUCUUGCUGUCCCCCAGGAAGUAGGGUGACGUUGACCCAGGAUGUUGAUCUUGGGUCCGUUUUGCAUUUCACGAAUGCAAAAGGCUUGGAGAAGGAGAAUCUGAUCCUAGAUCUGUAUCUAGGGGAAUCUGCUCCUUGGUGUACUGGUCUUCUGGCCAUCUAUGUUUGAUGGUGUUAUCAGUCUUUUCUCUGCAGUUUUUCCUUAUUUAGAAAUUCUAUUAAGUUUUAAUUGUGAUUUCUAAAUAAAUAUAUAAAAUAUUUUUUUUACUUAAUGCUUUUAUUAAGAUGUUUUGAUUUUUCUGAAUGUUCUGCUCGUGAAUUUCUGUUUGUAGCCCACCGUCCAGCGAUACGGUGCCGGGCUUAAACCAGAGGACAUGUAGGAUUCUGCAUUUACAUCACGUUACAACGUUUUAUGGCAGCCAUGUUAUCUCCCCAUAAACAAUACAAUGGGAAAUAUUUUAAUUCUUCACAAAACAAAAAAAUAAACGCAACAUAUAUAGUGUUGGUUUUUAUGAGCUGAAAUAAAAGAUCCUGUUUUCCAUACGGAUAAAAAGCGUAUUUCUCUCAUUUUGUGGACACAUUUUUAUUUAUAUUCCUGUUAGUGAGCAUUUCUCCUUUGUCAAGUUAAUCCAUCCACCUGACAGAUGUGGCAUAUCAAGAAGCUGAUUAAACAGCAUGAUCAUUACACAGGUGUACCUGGUGCUGGGGACAAUACAAGGCCACUCUGAAAAUGUGCAGUUUUGUCACACAACACAAUGCCACAGAUGUCUCUAGUUUUGAGGGAUCGUGCAACUGGUAUGUUGACUGUAGGAAUGUCCACCAGUGCUGUUGCCAGAGAAUUGAAUGUUCAUUUCUCUACCGUAAGCCGCCUCCAGCGUUCUUUUUGAGAAUUUGGCAGUACGUCCAACCGGCCUCACAACCGCAGACCAUGAAUAUGGCGUCCUAUUGGUGAGCGGUUUGCUGUUGUCGACGUUGUCAACAGUGACCCAUGGUGGGGUUAUGUUAUGGGCAAGCAUUUUUUUUGUUUUAUCCGUGACCAACAGAUGCAUCUGUAUUCCCAGUCAUGUGAAAUCCAUAGAUUAGGGCCUAAUGAAUUAAUUUAGAUCGACUGAUUUUCCUCAUUAUGAACUGUAGCGGAGUAAAAUCAAUUGAGUUGUUGCAUGUUGUUUUUUAUAUUUUUUGUUCGGCAUAUGUGGCCGUCUCUUUUUUGUUGUUUUUUUUGCAGAAAAAAAUGUUUGGUCUUGUUUUACUUGUUGAAUUAUUGUUCAGGUUGCGUACAGUAUGGAGAUCAUUACAUUGUUUUGUAUCAUGUCCCCAGCUCCUAAAUUACAUUUAUAAAAUAGAAAGAAGUUUGUCACUUA